AUAAACCAGCUGAUUUUGACAUUUAAAAAUUUCAGGAAAAACAGGCUGUGCAUUUUCCUUUCCAGUUGAUUUUGGUUUCAAAUAAUAACGAAAAGGUUUAUCAAUUUGUUUUAAAAUGUUAGGGUAAAGCAUAAAACUACAUAAUGCAUAAGUUUACCGCUAUCCCUGUUCACAAAAUUCCCAAACCCAUUGGUGUGCAUACGAUAAGAACCAUCAUGCAGAAAGUGUUUGUCUAUGGUACUCUUAAACGCAACCAGCCCAACAACUAUUGGUUGCAAGACCCAAAUAAUGGUGUUGGCAACUUUUUAGCAGAUGGUUACACUAAGACAAAGUAUCCGCUGAUCAUUGCAACUAAAUAUAAUGUGCCGUUUCUGUUACACAGUCCUGGGAAUGGGCAUUUUGUACAAGGUGAAAUAUAUGACGUUGAUGAAAAAAUGCUAGGGAAACUAGACAUUUUGGAAGACCAUCCGAACUACUACGUACGGGAGAUUGAUGAUAUCGUUGUCAAGAAUACAUUAUCGAAACAUUCUCAAACUGAAAAAUGUUGGGUGUAUUUCUUGAAGAAUUUUAAGCCUGAACUGUUGCAGCGGCCUUUUUAUGACAAUUACGAUUCCCUGGGGAGCCAUGGGUUGCAGUAUAUGGACAGGUCUAAGCGAGAUCCCAAAUAUAAUCAUAAAAGCGAAAUAAAAUCAAAUCCAAGUAAUCACGUACGAUCCGAUCCUGAACCAACCCCACCAUGAUAUAUAAAAGGUCAGUAGAACAAUUUAAUCAAGUAUUAUUUUUCCCAAUUUAUUUUUAAU